CUCACUUCUAAACACCCCCACCAUCAUCACAGCCCCCUUUUGUUGCUCUAAAAUCCCCAGCAGAUUCCUGAUUCUAUCUCUGUUUCUAUCUGCAUCCAUCCCUCACACACCGAGAAGUCUGCUGCGCCUGUUGGCCAACUCUUUAUUUCCCUUCAUACCAACACAGGGCAAAAUGUCUUCCAAGCUGCCAGCAGGUAAACAGAAACCCACAUCCCCAUUCAGGAAAAGGGGAAGCCUGCAGUAUGCUGCCAGCACAGACCUGCGUGGUGCACCACGUCUCUUAACUUUCCAGUAUUCUUUGCCUGGUAUCAUAACAGCGAAGCACGGACCUAUAGACCUGCGGACCUCCAUGGAUGGCAAAUACAAAGAAAUUGCUGAGGAGCUGUUGUCACGUAGUCUGACUGAGAGUGAGAUGCGCAGUGCUCCGUAUGAGUUUCCGGAGGACAGUCCCAUCGAGCAGCUGGAGGAGCGGAGACAAAGGCUCGAGAGACAGAUCAGCCAGGAUGUCAAGUUUGAGCCUGACAUUCUUCUCCGAGCCAAACAGGAUUUUUUGAAGACAGACAGUGCUGCAGACCUUGAAUAUCUGAAGGAGCAGAGUGAAGCGCAGUUUGAUCUUUAUCCAGAGCAUGAGCUUACACCAGAGAGGGAGUACCAGAGAGUCAGCAUCUCUGGAGAAGAAAAAUGUGGUGUUCCCUUCACAGACCUGCUAGAUGCUGCUAAGUGUGUGGUGAGGGCUCUGUUCAUUAGAGAGAAGUACAUGGCUCUGUCCAUGCAGAGCUUUUGCAGGACUACUGCUCGCUACUUGAUGGAGAUGGGGGACAGGCCUCUGGACCUCAAUGCAUACCAGGAGAUGCCUGAGACCUUCGUUAGUGGAGAUGCCCCAGUUCACGCGCCGGGGUCAAAGACACACCCCUAUGAGGGCUUAGACUCAGCUAACUUGCCACCGGACAUGGGCUACAGCUGCAAGAUGAUAGAUGGUGUCAUACAUGUGUUUACUCAUAAGAGUAAUAUGGAAAAAGCCACAGAGCUGGAACUACCCUACCCUGAUCUGCAAGAGUAUAUAGCUGACAUGAACGUCAUGAUGGCCCUUAUCAUAAAUGGACCAGUAAAAUCAUUCUGCUAUCGGCGGCUGCAGUAUCUGAGCUCCAAGUUUCAGAUGCACAUCCUCUUGAAUGAAAUGAAGGAGUUGGCAGCUCAGAAGAGAGUCCCUCAUCGCGAUUUUUACAACAUACGCAAGGUGGAUACACAUAUCCAUGCUUCAUCCUGCAUGAACCAGAAGCACCUGCUACGCUUCAUUAAGAGGGCCAUGAAGAAGUACCCUAAGGAGACUGUGCAUGUGGAGAAAGGUCGGGAACAGACACUUAUGGAGGUGUUUGAGAGUAUGAAUCUGACAGCCUUUGACCUCAGUGUGGACACACUAGACAUGCAUGCGGAUCGAAACACUUUCCAUCGCUUUGACAAGUUCAACUCUAAGUACAACCCAAUUGGAGAGUCCAUCCUCCGGGAGAUCUUUAUCAAAACAGACAACCAUAUUGAAGGAAAAUAUUUUGGACACAUUAUUAAGGAGGUAAUGGAGGAUCUUGAGGAAAGCAAAUAUCAGAACGUCGAGCUGCGUCUCUCCAUCUAUGGCCGUUCCAGGGAUGAGUGGGAUAAACUGGCGCAGUGGGCCGUCAAGCACAGAGUCUACUCUGAUAAUGUGCGCUGGCUCGUCCAAGUGCCUCGUCUGUUUGAUGUCUAUCACACUAAGAAACAGCUGAGUAAUUUCCAGGAGAUGUUGGAGAACAUCUUUUUGCCUCUGUUUGAAGUCACCAUCCAACCAAGUAGCCACCCAGAGCUACACCUCUUCCUGCAACAUGUGGUUGGGUUUGACAGUGUGGAUGACGAGUCCAAACCAGAGCAUCACAUCUUUAACCUGGACAGUCCUCUACCUGCCAACUGGAUAGAGGAAGAUAAUCCACCUUAUUCCUAUUAUCUCUAUUACACCUUCGCCAAUAUGACUGUGCUAAACCACCUGCGCAGGAGCAGGAAUUUCAAUAUAUUUGUGCUAAGGCCACACUGUGGCGAAGCAGGACCAAUUCACCACCUGGUGUCUGGCUUCAUGCUCUCAGAGAACAUCUCCCAUGGCCUGCUGCUUCGGAAGGCUCCUGUGCUGCAGUAUCUGUAUUAUCUGGCUCAGAUCGGCAUCGCCAUGUCUCCUCUCAGCAACAACAGCUUGUUCCUUAGCUACCAUCGCAACCCGUUGCCAGAAUAUCUGUCCAGGGGCCUAAUGGUUUCCUUAUCUACUGAUGACCCUCUGCAAUUUCACUUCACAAAGGAGCCGUUAAUGGAGGAGUACAGUAUAGCUGCUCAGGUGUGGAAACUGAGCUCAUGUGAUAUGUGUGAACUGUCAAGAAACAGUGUACUAAUGAGUGGCUUCUCCCACAAGGUGAAAAGUUCCUGGCUGGGACCCAAUUACAUUAAAGAAGGCCAGGAAAGCAACGACAUCCGCCGAACCAAUGUUCCCGAUAUCCGUGUUGCGUACCGCUUUGAGACCCUGUGCGAGGAGCUGAAUCUAAUCACACAGGCAGUGAGGAGCGAAGAACUAGAGACCAUCGAGGAGGAGGCUUUAUGCAUGAGCGCAGUACAGAGUGCACAGUAGGGACAGAGCAGAUUUACACUAAUUGGAGAGUCUAAACAGGGCUGUGUGAAGAAAGUGGAGGUCAGACACAUAAGAGGUGAUGCGUAGAGUGCUAAUCGGAUGUUACACAUUGAUACACACACAAAAAAAGUGAAAAUGUAACUGCAUGCCCUUCUAAAUGUGAACUAGAUUACUGAUCCUGUCUCAGUACUGCCUGCAGAAACUUCAUUCCUGAAAUGUAUGCACCUUACACUGUCAGCAGCCAGUAGUUUGCCUCAAUGGUCACAGCUCACAUCAGAAAAAAAAGAUUCCAUGGCCCCAGGAAGCAUGACAAACCAAUGCGCUGCUAUCCGUUGCUGUACUUUUGUCGUAGUGGUGGUAUUGUUUAAGGCCUUAUUUAUAGCAUUUUUUUAAAUCUCACCUGGCACUUCCUAUGACACCUGACUGGGCUUAUUUAGAUCAUAGGCAUCAAACAUGAAGUAUUAGGGAUAUAAUUUUAAUAAACAAUAUAUAUAUUUACCAUGAACAAUGGUUAUGUGUCAUAGCUGCUACUUUACAUGGUCUGAAUUUCACCUUAUUUCCGUUAUUUUUGGUCAGUUUUAUUCAAAACAUGUUGACUUGUACUUGUACUUCAUGUUAUUAACUGGUUUGUUAGUGUAUUUACCCAUUGGAAACAUAUUUACUUUUGUAUGUGUGUACUUGGAUAAUUGUGUUGGAUUAUUUAUUGCAACUGCAAAAAAUGAAGUAAACUUUAUUUUCCUCUUCUGUGCUCUCUA